AUGGAGUCUAUGAUGGAAGAGUCUUUUCUGCCGGAUAAUACAAUAGAUUCAAGUAGUGUAGAUUUGGAAACGUAUUUCCAAGAAGCCCAAAGAUUUUUCGACCGUGAUCUGUUGAAAGACGGUGAGUUCCAUUCGAAUUAGUAAUUUUUUUAAAUAAUAUUUAAAAAAAUUUUUCGUUAUAGCGAUGAAAGAGCUCAUGAAAAUCGUUGCUGUGAAAACUGACGACUUCGAGCUUCUCGUUAAGGUAUACCACAUGGUGGCGGAAAUUUCCUUCAGCAACAAGCUGUUCUUACAAGCCACGGACUUCCACAAAAAAGAGCUUUAUUUGCAAGAGUAAGUUCCGGAUUGAAUUUAUGCAAUAAAUGCUUUUUUUUGUUGCAGAGCCCUGAUGAACUACAGCGCUUGUGUUAGUUGUUUGUUGAAUAUCGCAAAUAUUCAUCAUAUGCAAAACAAGUUCGCAUCUUGCAAGUUAUCGUGCACCGAAGCAGUUUUAAUGGCUAAGAAGUCUAAGGACGAGGUUUGACACGAGGAUCGAGGGCAUGAUCUAAGUAUUUUUUUUCUAGAAACUCAUAGAGAUUAGUAUUGCGAAAAUGUGUUGUGCGGCGGUUGAACUAGCGAAACAAGAGGAAGACGGAACGAGGCAAUCGGCAAUGAUCGAGGAAACAAAUGUGUUGAUAGCGUUAGUUUUAAAAGCGCCAAAAAAAACCGCAAAAACCUAAAGUUUGGAGCUUUCAGGGUCUUCAAGUUUAUAGUUUUAUGAAACCCUUGAACUAUAAAAUUUCACAAAAUUAGAAGCAAUUGAGUAAACUCAAAGUUUUCCACCUCCAUGAGCACCGUAUUCGAUGACUGGGCUUCAGUCGUUUUGAUUUUUGGCCUCGAAAAAUCUAAAAUUAACUUUUUUUUUAAAUUAUAGAUCUUCAAUUAAACGGUGCGGAGAGUUGAACCUCGCCGAAGCCCUCUGUGAUGCUUACUUCGCGAAGGCUCAGUUGUGCACUCUGCUAAAUGAGGAUUCUCAAGCGACGCUUUUCUAUCAAAAAGUUUAUCAGAUUUUAACAUUAUUCACGAUCACAUGGUCGUUUUCAGUGCAUAUCUUUGAGCCGCAAGGGUUUGGCAAUUUUUGCUCUUGAACGAGAGAAGCUAGUCCACAGAUGUUUCUUCGGAUGCUAUACGAUUUUGAAGAAAAGUAAUAUGAAACAUGUUGCUGUAGACGCUCUCAGGUGUUAAUAUAAACCCAAUUUAUUUAUUUUUUUUGUUUGCUUCUAGAAGCGCGAUUAUGUCGGCCCAAUAUUGCAAUGACGAGGAGCGCAUUUGUUACUACCACGUUUGCAUGGCUCAAUUGUCAUAUGCAAAAGGUCAACCAAUCGAAGGUUUCUUUUUUUUUCCAAUUUCUCAUGAAUUUUCUUUUUCUCAGCUGUUUCGGAUGGAUUGAACGCCUUUGAUUUCGCGAGAGAAAUAUCUCACAGUGAACACGGCGCCAGAGCGUCUUUCAUUCUUUAUGUAGUGCUGAAGAGUUGCGGCGAAUUGCGGAAAGCAGCCUACUUUUUGGUCUACUACAGUCUAUAUGCUUACGAGGUAAAAUAUGCUUUUGAAGGUACAUACGUCUUUUUGAAAACUUUUUCGAAGAAGAGUUGUUAAGAAAAAAAUUAAAAAAUUAAAAAUUAGUGCUCAAAUCAACCCAAUAUUUGAAUUUCAGCUUGAAGACGGAGAAAUGUUGGCAAACAGCCUGGAACAUAUGAAGUCAUUAUUCGCAGCACAUCGUGCGAUAAGUUUGGAAAAAUGGGAAGUGGACAACACGCUGGACAAACUCACGCUCUUUCUGACCGUGCAAGAGUCGGAUUGCGAAAGUCUCGAGAAAUGGAGAACAUCUCGUGCAAAUCUUCAUUUCGGCCUUUUUUCUGUACCUUAUUCUCAUACAUUUUCCUGUUCGUCAAAGUUGAAUUCAGACGGAUACCGAAAACAAAGAAAAUGAAUCAGAAAACGAUUUCUUGGAGUUGCUCGAAAAACUGCAGGGUGGUAGACUAGAUGAACAGCGAUGUAACCUCGCCCCUUCUAUCGGAACGAAUAGGAACGUCAAAGGUUUUCAUCUUGAUUUCAAAAAAUGUUUUUCUCACAUGGCUUUUAUCAAACAUAAUUUUUAGAGUCUAAUGCAAACAAAAAGAAAAAGAAAACUGUUGAUUUCUUGCCAGGGCUUCGAUUGACGUCUCUUUCGAGGUAAUGUUCUAAUAAGAUCCAAAAAUACACAUCACGUUUUUCAGUCAAAAGUUGGACAAAGGUUUUUUCUCGAGGAUGAAAAACUUGAAGAAACUACACUCCGGUUUGACUCAAUCCUUUUUUGAAAACAACUUCUUUUUUUUGAGGCCCUUUGUCAACCAAAUCAAAAGAUGAGACGAGGUCCGAGAAAUCUGAAAAUUGA